UUCGCAGGGAGAGAGAGAUAUAGAGAGAGAGAAAGAAACUUAGCUCAUCAGUGAAGAAACGAAUGGCCAUAGAUGAUCGACCUCGCCUUAGCCGCAGAAUCCGUUUCCUUCUUCUCUCCUGGCUCCGCCGUACUCGCUCCGGUCAAAUAGAGUUUGUCAGAAGAUUCGGGUACACGGAACUCGUGAAAGCAACGGAAGGUUUCCGUAAGGUUAUUUACACCAACUAUCACGGUUCCGCAUACACUGCCAAGUUCAAAGGCGGUGAAGUUGCUUUGGUCAAAGAACUCAAGUCUCUCGAUCUUGGACGCGAGAGGUUUUACGAGGAAGUCCAGCUCUUGGGACGCUUACGUCACCGCCAUCUCCUCACGCUUCGCGGCUUUUGCACCGGGCGCAAAAGGAUGUUAGUGUAUGACAAUAUUGAAAAUGGAAGCUUGAAAGAACAUCUCAAUGAUCCGCUUAAGACUCCUUUGAACUGGAAGACUCGCAUCCAAAUAGCCAUUGGGGUCGCAGCUGCAUUAGAAUAUUUGCUAAUCUUCAGCAGUAGUGAUGCACAGAUCUAUGAUGUAUCAGUGAACUCAUGUAACAUCAUGCUGGAUCAAAACUUCACCCCCAAAAUAACAGACAUCCGCAUCAAUAGACACACACAAAGCCAUCCCAAAACAACCAAUGAUGCUUGCUCCGAAGGAUCAUGCGCGGAUGAGGAAUGUGGAAACGUGAUAUUCCAGCUAGGAGUGUUGAUGCUUGAACUGAUCACAGGACAAUCAUCAGACAGACAAGGCGAAGACUUGAUCGAAUGGGUACAACACUCUUGCAUUGCAAACUCCAUUGAUAAGAUGAUUGAUCCAGAUCUCGGCAACAGCUACAACUCUAGAGAGCUACAGAAAGUUCUAGCCGUGGCUCGGCUCUGCAUAAAAUCGAGGUACGAGCCACCUUCCUUCUCAAUAACACAUGUAUACCGAUAUCUACAGAAGAAGAUCGAUGUUGCAUCAUAAAUAGUAGUUCUCAUCUCGUCUGUGAAUUGAACUGAGGUUGAAUGGUCGCAGUUGAGAUUACAUGUGGACCGUUUCAGACAAUUCUAGAUGUAUAAUAGCUAAAUAGUGCGGUAAGCAUUGUACUAGUCUUGUUUCUUGAUAUAAAGCUUCUUCAGCAAACACUAUAUACAACUUAUGCGCAUUGAAUUGUUGAAAAUAUAGCUAGAAAUUAUUUUGUUGAAAAUA